UUUGCAUGGCAGCAUGGUAUGGGCAUCCCAUCCCUGUCCAUCAUCCUGCAUGAAAUACUGAAGCUGCUGCAACACGCAGAGUGUUCGGGGGUUACGCUGUUCCGGAUCGGCACCAGUGGGGGGCUCGGGCUGGAUCCUGGAUCUGUCGUGAUCACCAGCGAGGCGGUUGAUGGUAUCCUCAGGCCAUACAUGGAGGUGGCAAUCAUGGGCAUGAUGGUUCAGCUUCCUUCAUUCCUGGACAAGGAACUGUGUCAAGAGCUCCAGGCCAUGGCCUCGCCGGACGACCAUUUCCAGACCAUCAUUGGAAAAACCAUGUGUACCCAUGACUUCUACGAAGGUCAAGCUCGUCUUGAUGGAGCUUUCUGUGACUACACUGAGGCAGACAAGAUGGCGUUCCUUCGCCGUAUCCAUGACAAGGGUAUCCGCAAUAUAGAGAUGGAGUCACUUUGCUUUGCUGCCUACUGCCACAGAGCAAACAUCAGGGGUGCUGUGAUAUGUGUGACCCUUUUGGACCGCCUUCAUGGAGACCAAAUAACCACACCCCACAGUAUUAUGGAGGAAUGGCACAACCGGCCCCAACUGGUUGUAGCCAGAUUCAUCAGGAAGAAACUGGGUAUCAAGUGAUGAGUGACACUGUUCUACACUAAGGUAUCAUUUGGAGUUAGAUAACAUUCUUCUUGCAGAAGAGGAGUACAAGCUUUGCAGAUCAGGGCCCCAAUCCAAAAAGCGAUCCUAGCCCGAACAUCCUCAGGCAUAGAACAGUGACAAGGCUUCAUUUGCUUUGUGGAGCGGGGUCAAGAGGAAAUUCUUUUAUUACUAGUCUUGCAUGUAAAUGGUUGACAUUAUAACAUAAAGUAACUUUCUUUAAAGCCUCAGGUAGAUGCAAUUCAUUAAUAUUUCAUCAGUUGGUGAGAUGUCAUUAUUUGAAGCUUUUAAUAUUUCUGCAAAACAGCUAUUAUUAAACAGGUCCAUUAAU